AUGGCUAACACCACCUCAGCCGUCAACCUUUGCCCUCCGCCGUUCUACGACGCCAGAACGUUUCCUGCCGAAGGUGGAUUCAUCGAUGGACGGCUCUGCCAAACCGUCGGAAGCGUGCAAUGUUGCUUGCCUUGUCCUAUGACAGAAUGGGUUUAUCCGGAUCGCUUCGAUACAUUGACGGCGGUCGCGAACUGGGUUUCUGUCCUUAGCCAAGUAUGCUGCGUGUUCCUGCUUCUCUCAUGGGCAUUCCUGCCUGUGGAGAAGACGAAUCGACAUUACUUGAGUAUAUGCCUGACGGUCGCUAUUCUACUCAUGAACAUGGGUUUUGUGAUUCCUCUCGCAGCACAGCCGGAGCAGUGCUUCAACGAGAUCACUCCGCACAGCAUGCAUACCAGCAAGGUUUGUGGUGCUUCUGGCACCUUUCUACUUCUUGGAGGCUGGGCCGGUGUCAUGUGGGUGUUUCUCAGAGCAGUGUCGCUUCACCUUCAAAUUUGCUGGCAAGUGCUCGUUGGAAAGAACUUUAUGAUCUUUUCCCAGGCAGCUGGGUGGGGAGUCCCCAUCCUAGGUAUAAUCCUAGCCCUGGUCUUCAGCGGCGUCUCGUUCCGCUUUGGUAAGACAUGCCAUAUCAAUCACGAGAACAGCUUGGCCGACUUCUGGAUUCCGCUCCUACUCUUUGCUGGUAUGACUGUCAUCAUUACCUUUGCUACCUUUGGUUACUGCAUCAAGGUCUACUUGGCAUCCUUGUCUGACAACGCGGCAUCAUCUGCGGGCUCCAGUCUGCCUACCUACACGCAAAGCAUCAAGACCAUGUCCCCGCGCCAGGUUUACCGUCGAGUCCGCCGUGUCAUUGCACUGCAAUGGCGAGGAAUUGCCAUCGUACUCAUCAUCAUCGCCGAUGUCAUCUUCUUCUCCGUCGUCUUCGUUUUCCAAGACAACGUAGUUCAAUCUGUUGCCGACGACCCUACCAAGGCAACGAAAUUCAUCAUGUGUCUAUACGAAGAAAAAGGCAAGAAGGAAAAUUGUCUUGACGAGGCGUCUACGCUGGUCAUCAAUGAAGCGACUGUGACGGCCGUCUUGCUUCUCCUAGCGUUGAACGGUCUUUGGCUGGUCCUCUUCCUAGGACGAUGGUCCAUGAUUGAAGGCUGGUUUGACAUGUUCAAGAAGCCAUUUGUUCGAGAGAAGAAGGAAUUCGUAUCAGUUGACGCACGUCUUGACGUCAAGAACCAUCCACGUUCGUACGAGAUGCUCUCAAGGGAUUCGAGCGCUGCAGUAACACCUGUGUCUCCAGUCAAGUCUCCAGAAAGCGGACGAAGAACUCCCGAUUACUUUGGCCGAACUGCUCGCUAUCAUGCACCCGCACGCUCAUAUUCCAGCCCGAGGCCACCGCUUACAUCGGCGCACGAUAACGAAGAAUCAUUUCCGGUCCCAAUUUAUGACAAGGAGAUGAACCCUCUUGGCAUGAACCGAACAUAA